AUGGCUUUCACCGCAGCAAAGUUCCAGCACCAGAAGCCAGCUUUGGGCACUCGCCUUCCACUGCUGCAUAUGUCCGUCAACAAUAAUCAGGACUCUCAGGAAACAGCACACGGAUCAAUCUCACAAUCUGCUCAAUUGGCUCGUGAGUACAACAACCCCGUCGGAAAGAUCGGACGAACACACGGAGUAUCAGUCAUACAACCAUCAUGUUUCGAAGAUACUCAACCUCCAGAGAAACGUCAAAGGUUGGACGGGACUCGACGUAACGCUGUAGCGGAGAGGGAAGCAGAGAUAUACGUUCGACACUGGGAAGUCGUUCGGUAUAAAGUGCCACCGCCACAACCUGAACGCUCUUUGACAGAAAAUAAGGCAAUUUCUGCGUGGCUGGGGACUUACUUGGCGGAACGGUUCAUCUCUGACAAAGCCCUUCGGCCCUUCGUUUGUGAGAUCGCUUCUCGCGAUUUGUAUGACGCCUUCGAUUUCUUCCAGCCCGAAGACCCAGUAAUAUUUUUGGGACUGAAAUACCUUGAGAAACUCCUCCGUCAAUUCACAAUCGACCUCUCCGGACGUAGCGACGCAGAUUGUGCCAUCGUCAUGGUUAGGGCAUAUUUGAUUGCCUUCUCCUUGGCCUGGAAAUGGUUAGACGAUUAUGUCCAGCCACUCCAUGACUGGGCCGGACAUAUACGCCUCUCUAGGGCAAGCAUAUCGGACCUCGAGACCCUUGCUCUGUCUUCGUUGGACUGGAGACUGUCUAUAACCCCCCCAGAGUGGACAACAUGGCUUUUCAUGUUACAAAAACAGACUACGACCAUGGAUUCUCAUUUGUUCAACCGGAAGUCCAUGACGGUCGUGAUAGACUUGAUUGGGAGGUCGCUGAAGGAGCUUCUCACAUUGUAUACCUCUGACCCUUACAAACCUCUUCCUUCUCCUCAGACCGAAACAUUAAUUUCUGUAAGCGCAUCGAGUCGUCGUGUCGCGGACGCGUUGACUGCUUUCCAAAGACUAUUGACAGCGGAUAUAGAUGCGGUCACCUCGAAACGCGCUACGUCGUUCAGACAACGAGCAUGUUCCCUUUCGGUUGCACAAAGAGGCGAUCGCCUGGAGAAAUUACAUCUGGCUCGAGCAUCUCUUUCAAAACGCCUAGACUUGGAAACCCUUCCGCCGAACGCGAAUCGCCGCUGCGUUUCCGCCAGCCUCGCCAUGCAGAUGCAGUUGGCUGAAGGCGUAUCCGAGCAGGCUUCACUACAGACAUCUAAUCUGAAACGGAGUGUUCUUGACCCCGUCAUGAACUCAAAACACUUGUCCAUACAUCAGUGGCGGGAAAACGUUUUCAGUCCCAGUCCAGUGUAGAUUGUUUAUUUGCCAUGAACGCGCUUCUCUACCGGGUUGGUCGAGCCUUAAUUUUUUUUUCCUAGCCAGUUUCUCCAAC